UGGAAGUCCUGCGGUCUGGUGGGGCGGAACAGCCGUACGGCGCAGUAACCCCAUUGGGCGGGGGCGGGGGGCGGGCCCUGGCUUGCUAUUGGUUAGCGGCCGAAGGCGGGGCCGGAUCCAGGCCAGCGAUUGGCCGGUAUUCAGAGGCGGGGUCUGAUCCAGGCCUGCGAUUGGCCGGAGGCCGGCCGUGGCGGCGGGCGCGGCGUGGUGAUGGAGACCGCGGGGCCUAGGACCCGGGCGGCUGCGCGGCUUGGGGCGCACGCGACGCGGGAGGAGCAGCGGAAGCGGCGGCCUGUGCGCCGGUGGCAGCGGAGGAGAAUCGGGGAGGAACAAGAAGAAGCAGUCUUUCGUGAAGUGGUCAGUUUUACCCGGGAUCCUCUGCCAGCUAGAUAUUAUGACAAGGACACCACCAAACCCAUCAGCUUUUACUUACCUUCGCUGGAGGAACUCUUGGCGUGGACGCCCGAUGCGGAGGACAGCUUUAAUGUGGCCCUGGAACCCCUCAAGUGUCGGCAGCCCCCUCUGAGCAGCCAGAGGCCCCGGACAUUGUUGUGCCAUGACAUGAUGGGCGGAUACCUGGAUGACAAGUUCAUUCAGGGCUCGGCGGCGCAAAAUCCCUAUUGCUUCUACCACUGGCAGUGUAUUGACAUCUUUGUGUACUUCAGCCAUCACCUGGUGACCAUCCCCCCCGUGGGCUGGACCAACGCUGCCCACAGGCACGGGGUCUGUGUGCUGGGGACUUUCAUCGCCGAGUGGAAAGAAGGUGGGCGGCUCUGUGAAGCCUUUCUGGCCGGGGACGAGUGCUCCUACCAGGCGGUGGCCGAUCAGCUCGUCCUGAUCGCCCAGUUUUUCCGUUUUGAUGGCUGGCUCAUCAACAUCGAGAGCUCUCUGAGUCUGGCCGCGGUGGGGAACGUGCCCCCUUUCCUCCGGUACCUGAGCACGCAGCUCUGUCGGCAGGUCCCGGGGGGCCUGGUGCUCUGGUACGACAGCGUGGUGAGCAGCGGGCAGGUUAAGUGGCAGAACGAGCUCAAUGAGCAGAACCGGAUCUUCUUCGACUCCUGCCACGGCUUCUUCACUAACUACAACUGGCGGGAGGAGCAUCUGGACAGAAUGGUAGCGCAGGCCGGCGAGCGCCGGGCCGACGUGUACGUGGGAGUGGACGUGUUCGCCCGGGGCAACGUCGUCGGGGGCCAGUUCGACACCCACAAGUCGCUGGAGCUGAUCCGGAAGCACGGAUUCUCGGCCGCUCUCUUUGCCCCUGGCUGGGUGUACGAGUGUUUGGAGAAGAGGGAUUUCUUCCAGAACCAGGACAAGUUCUGGGGCUUGCUGGGACGCUACCUGCCCCCACACAGCAUCUGCUCUCUGCCCUUUGUCACUUCUUUCUGCCUGGGCAUGGGGACUCGAAGAGUGUGCUACGGCCAGGAGGAGGCGGUGGGGCCCUGGUACCACCCGAGCGCCCAGGAAAUCCAGCCCCUGUUUGCAGAGCACAGGCCGGAAGGGGACGGGCAGGGCUGGGUGAAGACGCACUGCUGCCUGGCGGACGCCUGGAACGGGGGCAGCUCCCUGCUCAUCCGCGGGGUGAUCCCGCCCGAGGUCGGGCACGUGGCUGUGAGGCUGUUCUCCCUGCAUGUCCCGGUGCCCCCCAAAAUUUUCCUGUCCAUGGUGUAUAAGCUUGAAGGGCCUUCGGAUGUUGGGGUGGCGUUGGAGCUCACCACCGGGGACGCGGGCAGCUGUCACGUCGGUGGCAUCUCGACGUUGAGUGCAGAAGCGAGCUCCAGGCACAGUCCCCGCCCCCUCCGGGUGCCCCCCACCAAGCUGGCCAGAUGGGUGGGCCACUGUGGCCAGCAGCUCAGCGGGGGCUGGGUCCAGCGCUGCUAUGAGGUGAACCUUCGGGGCUGCGUCCUGCAGGACCUCUGGGUCAGCUUCUCGCGGCCUCCCGGCAGCCGGGAGCAGGAGGCCUUUGUCUGCCGCCUGGGAGAGCUCCAGGUGGUGGAUGCCAACAGCCUGCUCAGCCCUCUGCCCCGGGUGCAGGCCGUCAGUGUCUCCCGGGUGUGCUGGCAGCGGGCCGCCCCCGAGGAAGAGGAGGAGGAGGAGGAGGAGGAGGAGGAGGAGCGGCGCCCGGCCCGGCUCCGGCUCAGCUGUGCUCUGCACUGGUCCUACCCCCUGUCUCACGUCCGAUGCUUCCGCAUCCACUGCUGCAGAGCGACCGGCUCUCCUGCGGAGGGGCCCCCGGGGCCGGAGAAGCCCGCGCUCCUGGGCCUGGCGUUUGUCAACCAGUAUCGCGUAGUGGACCUGGCGGUGGCAGCCGCGGGGCCAGGCACGGACGGCCGCGUGGAGUUCCUGGUGGAGCCCGUCCCCAGGGAGGGAUUUCUGGUGCCGAAGGCCGAGUGGGGCCGGGCAGCCCUGCUCUACUCCGGGCCCCACACGUGAGCGAGCAUUAAAGCACAGACCCUCCCGGCCUCGAGGCUACGGCUGCUUCUGCGCCGGGGCCCCGCGAAGCGUGCAGACGACCACAGGCCCCUGGGAGGCUGCGGGCUGGGGCUUUCUUGUGGGGGACGUUGCUAAUCGGAAACCCGAGAGGUCCGUUUGCUGGGUGGGCGAUUUCCUGGGGUGAAGGAGCUCUGUUCCGUCUCCUCUGUGGAAUACGGUUCUGCAAGUGACAGAACUGGGGAAAGUGAGUCCCGUCCGUCCGCGAAGGCCGCUUCCCAAUGGGCCGAGAGACGCUUACGCUCACCAGGCUUGAAGAAGGCAGGUGGUGGCUUCUGAGCAGCCCAGGGGCGAUUCCCAGGGUGAGGGCUGAGGGCGGAGUGGGGGGAGGGUGCUGAGGACUGAGCCCCUGGCCGGGCUGGCACCAGGUCGUACCUGCCCCCGGGCCAGGUGGGCUGCCCCAGUCCAGACCAUCCUGUGUUGUGGCUUUCCCAGUUCGCUGUCCCCGUGAGCUGGGGCCACCUGUGGGGCAUCUGACGGGCCCCGGGUCCUGCUGUGUCUCUCCCGGGAUGUUGGUCCUGGCGAAGCUUGCACGGAGGUCGUCCUCUGGGCCCCUGGGCCAGCCCGGGAGGCCCAGAAAGGCCCUCGGCCUGCAGUCCGGCCCCAGCCUGUCCGCGGGCACUCUGGCUGCCCUGUUCCAUCACAUCCGCCUGCCUCAGCCUCUCCCAGGGUGGGCUGCGCUACGGCCCCUUGAGAAGUGUUAGCAAAGGCCCUUCGAGGACUCUCUUCACUGGGCCCCCUUCCUCUCUUGCCUCCUUCUCUAUCUUCUAGCACCUUCCUUCCCUCUGCCAGUGGCUCUGCAUGGGGAGGAGGGGAGGGGGUGAGGGAGCCAGAGAUGGCUCCUGCAGUCACACAGCUCCCCUGUCGAUCGCUGGGCCACUGUGCUGACUUCCUAGGGGUGGGCUCUCCACCCCGUGGCCUUGCCCAGCUCCUCUCUUGGGCCAGAGCAGUGUCGUCACUCCCGGGGUCUCACCCUGGGGCUGCCCAGGGCCAACGUUGGGGGUCACUUGCCCAUUUCUCUGUCCUCCACCCGUGCUAUGAGAGGUGGAGCGGUCCCAAGGGCCAGACAGUCCCAGCCAGGGGGUCACACCUAAGGGGUGGCCUCGGGUUCAAGGCCAGGGGUCCACGGACUUGGUCUCACGCUGUAGGGAGGAGAGAGGCCACCAGGCGGCAGUACAGCCGCACCGCCUCAGCCGGGGGUUCAGAGGGGUGUCGGGGUGGCCUUGGUAAACUCGGCCAGCAGGACAGCAAAGGGGGUCUCCUUCGGGGCUGACGUUUGCCCAGGCACCCACGUGCCCCCUUCCCGGUGAGACAGAGGAACAAAGUUUUACUCUCCGAGUCCCGUGCAUGGCCUACCCAGCUCAGCCCCCGGUGGGGAAUGGGUUUGCCCGGCCGAGGGGGAAGUGCUUCAUGUGGAACAGGAUGGUGCCUCCACUGACCAGCUGGGAAGCGCAGGCCACCCACGACCCCUGGUUGUCCCUGCGGAGCUGGACGGCUCAGCAGACUGGUGGGAAGGACCUGAGCCACUCGGAGCUGCUCACACAAGCGUGUUCGCGGUUUGGAACUAUCCCUGGAGCUCUUUGAGCCUCUCCUGCUUCGUGCCCCGGGGAACCGGGGUGGAGGCUCCUGGCCUGCUCCCUGUGUCCCCAGCGGGGGGGAGCCCCGGGUGCCCCGAAGCCGACCGCCUGCUGUGACGUCCAGGUCUUCAUUCACGAGGCCUGUUUGCUUCUUUAAUUGCUGGUUCCCCCAAAUGUUUUAUGCAGAGAAGGAGGGAAAAUUUAUAGCGGCCAUGACCUUCUCACAGUCUGGGGGGCACGCGAUUAGAAGCGAGAGACCACGCAACCCCAGCUCCCUGGGAGCUCCGUCCCCGGCCUGCAGACAGCAGAGGCUCUGGGCAGGAAACUUAGUAUGUUAGCAUUUCAGCCUGUGCCUCUGCGGUGGGUGUAAUAGCUCUCAAAUAAAUUGUUCUGCGUGAAAACA